AUGGACUCACCAAAAAAUAGUGAUUUCGAUGAUAAUGAUCAAAUUCGUCUUUUAUCAAACUUACGUCAUGAUAUAAGAACAUUACUUAGUUCACAUCCAAAGGGUAUUUGGUUUCGAAUGUUACCAAAAGUAUUUUACAUGCACUUUAAUCGUGAUAUUCAUUUGGAUUUAUUUGCUAUAACAAAUCAACUUUUAUUUCUUGAUUAUAUAUCAGAUAUAAUUAAAUUUGAAUUACCUGAUAAUUUAAAUGAAGAAGAUUUUAUCAUUGAAUUAAAUGAUGAUCAAAGACAAGAAUUAUAUUCAUCAGUUCAAUUUAUGGAUUUUAAAUUACGACGAGAUGUUUUAUUCGAACUCUUACAAAAUGCAAGUUUUGAAAAGCGUGGUUCAAUUUUACGUGAAAUUUGUAUUAUCGAUGAGCAUUCGAAAUCUAUGAAUUGUGAUAAAGAAAUGUCCCUCUCACCAAAAAUACCAACUCAUGAGCAAGUAGCUAUACGUCUUCAAAAGAUACGUUCAAUGAUUGAUUUUUGUCUUAAUUAUAUGAUUAAAAAGCCCAAUGAAGUAUCUGAUAAUGAAUUAAAUGUAUUAUACGACGAUUCAGAUGAAUUUAUUCGUAACUUAACACCAUUAGCUCAACGUUUAUCUUUAUCAAAAAAUUAA